AUGGCCAACAUGUUUGACUUCCAGGAGCUGGUUCCGGACGAGUUUACGGCCGAGCAACCGGAGCUCCGGCCCAUGCUGACAGUCCGCGUCCGGGCACAGGACGGCAGCCGGAUCAUGAAGGCGCUCCCGCCGUUAGCGACGGAAGUGAUGCAUCUGAAGCGGAUACGAAAAGUCGAGCAAACGUCCUCCUCUUCGACUUCAAAAAUAGAAAGUCACCUGGAAGUUCUGAUCGGGGCUCCGGUGGUUGUGCGAGCAGCUGAGGGGCAAAUAAGUAGAGCAACAUCUUCAAGAACAAACGUUGCACCAUCUUCAAGAUCAUCUCUCACAGGAACUACAACCACAAUUGGUCCAGUAGCUGGAGAAGCUGAAGCAAGUGACGUCGUUGCUAUCAUUGGGAACGCGGCCUGGGAAAAAGUUCAACCCCUGGUGUCCGCCAUCCAGCUCGUGCAGGUCCCCGCGCGGCCCGCCUACACGGCGGAGCAAGUGCGGGUUUGGGGCGGGUUUUGGCCCGUGACCUACCGCCGCCCGGCUAACCUCCCCGAAGGGAUCGCGUCGGAGGCGGAGCGCCGCUACGAGGCGGUUUUGGAGUGGUUCGAAGGCGAUCCAAGGCUGGAGUGCGUGUUUCUGCUGCCGCACCAGGAAGAGCCAAAUGAUCUCGGAGAACCAGAGAACACUGACUCUUUCGCAGCAAAACGCCGGAAGACAGAUGUUGAGCCGAGAAGUGCACAAGAACCGUCGUUCGCAGCAGCGACUGACGAGAACGUGAGAAAUUUCCUGUGGUUCGGCGGUGCGAAGGCGGAAGGUGCCACAUCAGCAGCGAGCAGCAGUGCGAAAGUCAUGCAAGAACCAGACGAAAGAGAAGGCAGCGAAAGAGAAAUAAGGUUCCCUGCUGUCGUUUUGGAUGUCCCACCAAAAGAAUCCGCAGUCGCUCCCCGGCCAGCACAGACCCCAGCGACCGCUGCACCGGAAAACAACAAGAGAACAAAUCCCUACCGCGUCUUCCAAAUUUAUCAGAACGACAAGACCAAAUCCCAUCCGCUGAAAUCCCACGCGGUGGUCCGCGCCUGCGACGCGAUUGGCCGUUCCCUCGGCCACGUGCAGCGGAGCACCACUUCGGGCGAGCAGUAUCUCUGCGUCAACGCGGAGGUCUUUUUGCGGCGGGAACCUUGCGUGAUGUGCGCCAUGGCGCUGAUCCACAGUCGCGUGUCCACCGUGGUGUUCCAGCAGAAGGAUCGCAGUUUCGGGGGCUUUGGCGGGGCGCUCUCCCUCCACCGGGAGGGGAAAUUGAACCACCAGGUCAAGAUUGUGCUCGCGUCGAAAAGAAAGAACGAGCGUACUGUACAGGGUGAUAAGGCCGCGUCGAAAACAGUUGUAACAGCGAAUUGAUGUUGUGAAUUCAAAGCGCAGAAGACAUGAUGAUGAUUUUUUUAAGUAACGACAACCUCUAUUCGAUUCAGCUGGUACCGGU